CUUUGCUUGCCUGUACUGUCAGGCCUUUUCAGGAUCGUGGACGACAAGAGGCCAUACACCAGUAUACAGGAGAUUGUUGACUCGGUGCGUAUCAGCCCUGAGUGCCUGGGCCAACCAGAGUUCUACUGCCCUGAGAAGCUACAGCUUCCUGAGGGGACCAUCCAGGCAGAGGAGAGCUUCAGACUCACUGCUAUUAGGACAGAGCACGGAGACAGCCAUGUUGACUGUGAGGUCACGCGGAAAGACUCCAAGCACAUCUUCACUGUGAAGCUCUCGCACACUGGGGAGUUCUAUGAGUGUGCCGACGACCAGUUCUACACCCUCGGGGAGCUGGUGGAAUGGAAAAUGCGCAAAGGAAGGAAAAGGACAGUGACUUGGGCCAAGUCUUUGCCGUCAAAAGAGAAGUGCGUGUCUGAGUUGCCAGAGGACUACAGUGGAGAGUUGGUUCUCACACCUGUCUACGAGCUUCAGACGGUAUCCAAGUGUGAGUCUCAAACGUACCAAUAAUAUUUUCACUUUACAUCAAAGUUAUGUUGAAUGAAAAAGUCUUUAAUCUCCUGAUUUAAAAAAUAAAUAACAAAUCGCAAAAUGUUUUUCAUGUUUUAAUUGCGUUUUUCUCAUCUCAAUGUUGGUUUUCAAGUUAAAGGGGACACACUGCAAUCUUGACAACUAACGUUCAUGAAAGCUACACUGGUCUUAGGUUUUUUCAGAAGCACAGACACAAAAGUCGCCAAUGUUUUGAUGUGUAGUCAUCAUGCUGUUCAGGCAAUCACGAUGCAUUUCUACUUUUUUAGAAAAAACACAACAGAAAACUUUAUUCAAAGCUGCAGUUAAACGGAUUUACUAAUGUCAAACCUUUGGCGAUCAAUUCAAUGACUUACAAAAUAUGUAUAUAUGCUGCAUU